CUGAGUUUAGUUCCGAAUAGCAUAUGAACUAGUCACAUUUUGCCUACCGAAUGUGACAGGCUAUUGUCGGCCUAUCUGAUGUUGGCCCAUACCUUUCUACAGAUGCUGCCAUAAUUCAUAAUUUCGCUAAUUAGUGAUUCGAUAAAUGGUCACAGUUAGCCUAAUUGUUUGUGUGGGGUGAUUGGCUCAUCUUCUGCUAUUCCGGGGUUCAUAAGAACACUGAUCACAUACCACUGUUAUCAGCUUCCUUCCAAUCUAUCGCCACAUUGAUCAGUAUGACCUCUGAAUGUAGCGUCGCCAUAGAACAGGACAACGACGGUGUUGAGGACAAAGUUGUGGUGAAGAGAGACAGUGUGUUAACCACUGUACUCUGUCGCCUGUCACAGUUUUGGCCUGUCAGACUAGCGAUGCGUGCUCUCCGUGGGUUUUGCUGGCUGUUGGGUUUCUCCCCUUCAGAUGAGGCUUUUGUUCCUCCAGAAGAGGAUGCCAAUUCUAGUCCAGCCCGCCGCUGUCUAGCAGGCCGCAAGCGUCUGCGUCGUGCCACACGCAUCCUGUUGGCCAUCCUGCCUCGCCGUCUGCAGAGCGCCCUGGGCUACCCUGUGUGCACCAGCAUCGGCCGUGCUGUAUCCCCAGAGGUGCUUUGCUCCCCCACUAAGCUCUGUGGGAAAGGCAACAAGAGGAAGCAGGAUGACCUUGACGACGACGAGGAGCAGCAGACCUGGGUUGAGGCACUCUCUCAGGAACUAGAGGAUGAGGAGCCUUCUGUUGAUCCUGACUAUGAGCCGAGUGCAGUGGACACUGACAGUGAGGAGUAUAACUCUCAAAAUGACACAGAAAGUGACCUUGAUGUUUCAGGGAAGGUCGUGAUCGACGACCUUAAAACGAAUGUUCCUCAGACGGCAUAGUGGAAGGUGGCAUUUCAGGGCUUCACCUCCCCCUAAUGACCAGUAGUCCCCUUGGAUUUAAGCAGCCAUCCAUCAUCUGUGUGACUGCUUUAUUGGGUGCAUGUAAGGAGGGACAGAGACAGUUUUCCCUAAGUACACGGGCCAGAGGCUAGGAAUGGCACUGGCUGGAUAAAAAGGACCGGGAUAAAUGCAGAGAAUUCACAUUUUCGGCCAUCAAUGUUGAUUUUUUUUUUUAAGUGCACUUGCGUGAUGGGACCCUCCAGAGAUGACUAGCACGGUUACCUAAGGGCCCUGUCACUCACAAUCAGGCCACCAAAGAUGGCGGUGCCCUUGAUUUAAUCCCAGUCUCCCUUAUUCCAGCUAGAGAAAUUUAUGAAAUCCAAACAAAAUAAUCUGGAUCCACUGAAGGCCAUUAGACUGUCUGGGUUUGGUUUAGCCACGUGCUCCUAGUGGCUAUCAUACCCACAUACAGGAAUAAAAGGUGUAGUUGUACUUUCAGUCCUGAAAGUAGCUGGUGCAAUGUAGUCAGUAACACCUUUCCUCCUCAGCGAUCAUAAGAGGACACUGUGCACCUAUUCCAGACUGAGAUUAUUUCAAGUUGAUGAGUGAAGUAUGAAUGCAUGGAUAAUGUCUAAACUGUCUGUGUUUUGAAGGGCUGAGCAGUAGCACACACUCAAACUCAGUUUGAGUGGAGAUGGCUUGUUAAGUCCCUGUAUUUCCCAAUUAGGGCCAGAUGGCCUGUUCUUAUUGUCAUUUGCUUGAGUAGAGGACAGACUGUUUGAUUCAGUAUGCCCAUAACACCUGCAGUUACGUGUCAUUGUGAUUACAUCAUGCGGUUUUUAUUCAUUGUACAUUUAACCUGGUGUAAUUAAAAAAAAAACCCUC